UCAAAAUCAGCUGAUAACCCACAUUACUCAAUUUUCUGUGUCAGCGCAAAACCGAUGUAAACAAAUCGUCCUCGUCAUCCGCAACUAAUCCUCGCAAACUCCAAACUCUAUCUAAAUCACUCGCAUUCAUCUUUAUCCGCGCUGAAACACACGAAGAUAAAGCUAGAAAGGCGCAUCAUAUGCCGAAUAUCGACGAGAGGCUCAAUCAAUAUGGCCGUCGAGAUCGAUAAGGAAAUGUCAAAAGAUAUAACGCGCGCGUCAGAAUAACAAUUCCCUCGCAUCCUAACUCCUCGUCUCUCAGCCUCGAGCCUCGACAUGGGUAGUCGAGUGGCGUCUCCGUGACUAGCUGAUCGUCGCGUCGGUCCGAAAUAUUCUCUGCUGGUUCGGUAGUGCGUGUGUUAUUGAUUUUCAAAUUGGAGCAACAGAGGGAGAGAGAGAGAGAGAGAGAGAGAGAGAGAGAGAGAGAGAGGGCGACGACGAGGAGCGAGAAAAAGAGGAGCUGUUGUUGGACGGUCGAUUGUCGUCAAAUGGAUUCAGACUAAUUUCGCUGGGGUAAGACUGUCGCCGUCGAGGACUGCGCGUUAUAUAGCAUGACGAGACGGGCUUGUGUUAUUACAAAGAUUUCCCGAGGAUUUCAAAGAGUUCCUAAUGUCAUGUCCUGAGCGAGGCGCGUCUUCACAUGCAUAUACGAGUGGUGUUGUAAAACAAGUAUCAAGUCUUUCACUGACUGUACAUUAGUAUGGGCAUUUUUGACAUUAUUUUCCUGGCUGUGAUUGCAUUUAUUUGUGGAAUAGCAUGUACGCUGCUAGUGCAAUUUUAUGUUCUCAAAAAAUAUCUGGAAACUGCACCGGAGGCAACACCGCCAAAGCAUCCGGUGCCUCCUGGGACAGCGGAGUUACCUGAGGAAUUAGUCACUCAGAUCAAAGAAGAGAAGUCAAGUACCAGCGGUUCGCCUCGUCAAAGUUUAUCACAAGGAAACGAGAAUUUAGCAAUAAAUUUGACCUUACAAUUUCUUUUCAAUGAGCUGCGAAAUGCUGAGCGUGUACGGCUUUGGCUCUAUCGAAAGCUUAAUAAUGAAUUCAAAGAGCUUCUCAAUCAGUCUACUACAGGAAAACUCUUCGAUAGCGUGCAGUUGCGAGAUCUGAAUCUUGGCAACCACUUCCCCACAAUAAAAGGUUUAGAUGUAGCUGAUGCAAAAAUAUGUGCAGAUACUGGUUUGUUAGAGACCUUAGACCUCUGUUUAGAUUUACAUUACUCAGGAAACUUCCAAAUGUCAAUAGACGUAAAAAUGUUAUUAGGCAAAAAUGCUUAUCUGUCGCUUCAAGUGAAAAGGGUAACUGGAAAAGCAAGACUUCAGUUCACGCGAGUUCCAUACACUCAUUGGUCCCUUAGUUUUUAUACAGAGCCGAUUUUAGAGUUAGAAGUGCAGUCGCAAUUUCAAGGACGCCAGUUACAGCCACAAAUAAUUUCACUCAUCACAGGUCAAAUUCGCAGAGCUGUGCGCCGGAAACACACGUUACCUCGUUACAAGAUGCGCUACAAGCCUUUCUUCCGUAGACUCAACGAUGAGGAUAUCGAUUUGUCAGAGGUUGCGGCGACCCAAUUAACUCCAGGUCUCCUGGAUGUCACCUUGAUCGAAGUCACUCGCCUGAACAUUGAUCCUAGCACGAUCAAUGCCGAAAAUAUGUCUCAAAUUGAGAUAUACUGUACGAUUAGCGUGGAUGCGACGCCCUGGGUCUGCCUCACCCAGUAUUCUGGUGUACCUUAUAUGGUCCUCGAUCUUAUAAUAAGCAAGGUCAGCUCCCAGCAGCUUGGCGUCGUAUUCAAACAAGAGCAUAUCACCGAGAUAGGUCAGAACUGUGUGCUCGUGGAGACGAUCGUAUCCGGCAGUCCAGCCUCGAUAGCCGAGAUGAAGAAGGGCGACAUAAUCGUGGCAGUGAACGGUAAGAAAGUUACUAACAUGAACCAGGUGGCGAAACUCGUGAAGAGCGCCGCGCAAAGGCGAUUCAUCAUCCGCGUCGAGAGGAAAUACUCUACUGCCGACUGGGAAAAGAGCAGCUUGUCCAAGUUCGAGCUGGACAGGUCAAUGUCGGAGAAAAGCGCUGGCACUAAGCGGUCAUCCAAGAGCGAAUCAUCAGCGAAAAGCGAUACGCUUAACGUCGAUGACAGUUUCAAGAGCAUGAAGUUCUCAGACCUAAAAGAUUACGACGCGGAUACGACUGAUAGUAAAAGCGACACAGGGAGCAAGCUCUUCAAGAGAAGAAAGAGCAGUACUCAUGCUGCGACGACCGUCGAGGACACUGUGGCGACGAUGGCGGCGACUACCGCGGUUUCGGCUCCGGAAACUCCGUCCAGGAGGAUUUCCACGGGCUCAUCCAACUCGUCGGGUACCUCGAAUAGCGCGCACUCUUCUACCGUCAACGACUCCAGUCCCUCACCCAGUCUGUCAGAUUUGUACUAUACUAGUAAAGAGAAGGGACAUGCCACGCUGAUCACGUUCGACGAGAAGAGAAGCUUUCAAAUCGACUCGGAGCUUCAGUACUUGAACAUCGGAGUCUGGGCGAAGGUCAAGGGUGGCGACAGUCUGCCAAAAUUAGUAGGAUACAUUAACGCUCCCAUUAGGUUAAUUUUAGCUCAAUGCUCCACGUCUUCGACUGGUCACUAUCUGAAAAAUUACGCACUCCUGCCUCCUGACUCAUCAUCUCCAGCCUUGUCUAGCUUUAAACUGAAUGGAUAUUCGGGAUUUGACCCAGCGUUAUGCUAUGGUGAUAUUUUGUUGUCCUAUGUUUGGGUUUCGAACCGUCCAAAUCAGCAGAGUGCCGAUCAAAGUAAAAAAGGUGCCGAGGAGACAGUAAAGAUACAGCCUGUCUUGUGCGAAGAUAUCAUAAAUAAGAAACCUCACGAUUUUAUUAGAACGCACUUUCACAGAGCCACACACUGUGACUUUUGUACGAAGAAGAUCUGGCUGAAAGACGCGGUACAGUGUCGAGACUGUGGGAUGGUCUGCCACAAAAAGUGCGAGGCUCGAUGCCAGGCGUCGGGCGCCUGCGGUGCUGAGAGCCUCACAACGAUGGCGUUCGAAGCCGAUGAGGUCGAGACGUCGGGCAUCGUCGGCGGCGAGUCCGGACCCGAAAUAUCGCUCACGAGUUGCGAAGAGAACGUUCAGGGCGCGAGUAUGAUGGCCGUGAAGGCCAGCAUAGCUAACACGCUCCUGGGCCUGAAGAAGGCCGGAAGUACAAGUUGCCUGGCCCCGCCGAACACCGGUAUUGGUCUGGCAUCCAGAAGCCUACCCCCAAGUCCCUGCGCAUCCCGCAAGAGCUCGCUCGUCGGCGGUGGCCUGGGCAUAAGUCCAGAUCUGCUGGAGGGCGCGGAGCCGAGCGUUGCGGCGCACCUCAUCGCCGGUGACCUCGAUGAUGCCGUCAUGUCCAAGGCUAAGGAAACCGGUAGAUUCCUUUACAAGAACCUGGAGCCACAGGAACGCAUCGAUAAAAUCAAUUCUAUGAUGACAAAACUAAAGACUGCGCUGGACGUGGAGACGGCAUCGCGGCGCGAAUGGUCCCAGAACUUGUUGGAUAUGGACAGCAGUCGAAUGAUAUCGCAGAUAGACCUGCGCGUCCGUGCUCUGAGCGUCCUGCUACUGCACUACUGCACUGGUCUACAACACGCCCAGGAGCAACUCGAACGGCCUAACACGGUCGGUGGCAGUGGAUUCGGACAAAACUGAACCUCUGCUACCGAUCGACACAUCGUCACCACACGAUACACGACUUAUACACACAUUUACUCAAAACGUGAUACACAUAUACGUACGUUUAUGAUAUAUAAAUUUACGCGAAGCAGCUAUAAUAUUGAGGUAUAUAUUCAAAACGAAUGUAAAUACGGUACAGUCGCAAUGAGUAUUUUCUAUCGAUUUGUGCCAGACGCUCUUCUGCAGCUACGUGAGUCAAUUUUUUGGGUGUUUUAACGUGCACGAGACGAUGGUUAUCAUACAAUAUACGCGAUGGAAAAACGUGCACCCACUUCAGAGUUUGUUGUUUCGCAUUUGACGGAUGCAAAUUUAUCAAACAAUAUAGAUAGAGGAUAUAAGCGUAUAGUGUGAUACUUAUAUAUUCCACACGAUAUCAAGCACUGCUGACAUUUUUUGCUUGGAUACUAUACACGUAGCUUUAUAGCGAGAAUGAGAAAAUGUUUUAUGCACAAUUAUAUUAUUGUAUACAUUUUACACGAUACACAUCAAUAACACGGGCACACUGCAGAGAUAAGAAAAAAAAUAUAACGUUGAAUAUAGUCGUUAAAAAUUAUUAUAUAUAUAUACAAGAUUUCACGCGAUAUAUUUACUGUUUACCGCAGAACACCAAGUGCUAAGACUUGUAUUUAGUACGUAUAUCUGUAGAGAGACACGGUUAUAUUUAAAAUAUUUAUGGAUUUUAGAAGACGUUUAAAAGACUCGGGUGUAUAGCUUGAACGAGCCAAGUUUACGCUGCGACUCGCAGGGUCGAGCUUCUCUUUGUAUUCGCAUCGAAAACAUUCUAUAGUCCAAUGGUAUCGUCCACUAUUUCGUUUCAUACGUAUUAAACGCAGUAUUAUUAUAACAUUAUUCCAUUUAUUUUUAUCGGCAGCAAUUUUAUAUGGCGAUUUACAAAUGCAUUUUGUAGGUUUUAUAGCUUAGCUUUUUAUUGCAAAUAGGUUGGCAUUUUUAUUCAUGAUCUUUGCUAUCCACUAUUUCGAAUACCAUAUACGUUACAGGGCGAAUAUACGAUACGCGUAGUAUUUUUAAUUAGUCCAAUUUAACGAAGCAUAAUUUCAACUUUAUUGAAUAUCUAUAACAUCACGAAUAAUUUAUCAUAUACAAAUCUCUAUUUUAAUAUAGAUAAAGAAAUCACAAUUUACGUAAGUUACCAAAGUAUUUACGGUAAGAUAGCAUAAUAUAUAUUUAUAUAAAUUCAAUAUAUUUUAGCUUGAAAUAUCAACGGUUAACAAUCAAUUCAAACUUUCAAAGUUCUUACGGUAUAAGUGUAACAAACUUGUUUUUCUGCAUACAAUUCAUCAAUGUGUGCAGCUCUGCUCGAAUUUAUAUACGAUGUACUUCCACUCAUUGUUGUUGAAUAUAGAUAAAUCACGUACACAACACAAAUAUACCGGCGAUCUUUAGACGAUGGUUGAAUCGUCUUCGAACUGAUUUGAAAUCGCAACGUUCAGAAUGAGUUAACAAAUCCAUUACACUGAAAUUCGAUCGGCAACGAACAAUGUGAAUUUUGACUGACUUAUCAAUGUUGUAACGUAGACUUCGUCUAUGGCUCUUAUGCGAUGGAAUAUAUCAUAUUACAGAGUCCUUUUAAGCAUAUAUACAGCGUAUAGUGUAAACUGUCAAAUUAUAAAAGAUAAAAACAGUGAGAGCUUAGACGAUUAGACAGAUAUUUAAAGAGUAAACUUAAUGCUGUAGACUGCAUCUGUGAGUCUUAGAUGCUUUGGUUGGGGAAGUGAAGUUUCGUAGUACUGCUGCAAAAGCCCACGUUGAACACCAACAAAUUAUUAUAACUUGUUACGUCGUACUGAUGAUGAAUGAAAUAUGUUUUCUAUAUAUACAAUCUGAACGUAUAGUAUAGACGCACACGGCGUGUCGACGAAGAAAUUCUAAUAGUUUUAUCGAACCUGGAUCAUGGUAUUUUUAUGCUUGAUUUUCAAAUGUAUAUGUAUAAUAGCGGAGCGAGGUGCAAGGGCAAGAAGUUUCAAAGAAAAGCAAAGAAUAAAGGAGUAAAAAAAAUAAUAA